CAUUAGUUCAAUGUUUCAUCAUCCACCAAGCCAUGGGAGAACACGAUAAAGAACUCGAUCUCGGACUUGGACUCGGACUGGGUCGCUACGGGUCAGAGGAGGAUCGAUUGCCCAACGUUGGCUUUUCUUUGGAUCUUUGCCUUCCUUUUCACCCAAGUGACCAAAGUGGGGAGGCUAUUUUUGAGAAUAGCAAACCAUAUGAGAUCGAUGAAGCAGAAUGCGAGAAUUCUUAUGGCAGGAAAAAGUUGAGGUUAAAUAAAGAGCAAUCGGAAUUGCUUGAAGAUUGUUUCAAACAUCAUACAACCCUUACCAUGGAUCGCAAACUUGAACUUGCAAAAAAGUUGAAUCUCAAGCCAAGACAAGUUGAAGUUUGGUUUCAAAACCGAAGAGCAAGAACUAAACUGAAGCAAACGGAGGUCGAUUGCAAGCUACUGAAAAAGUAUUGCGAGAGUUUAAGCUACGAAAAUGCACGGUUGAGAAGAGAGUUACAUGAACUACGUUCGAAGCACCCAUUUCCGGAUGGUCUUACCAAAACUAAGAAGACAUUUGUAACUUGUCCAUCAUGCCAGAAAAUGGCAGACACCAGCAAUGGCCAAAAGAUCAAAACUGAAAUGAAGGAUUUGGAAGCAUAAGACAUGCCAUAGUUCCACACAGCCCUUGAAAGAAAGAAAUAUACACAAACACGAGGAUUUUUACUUCUUUUGUAACAUUCUUGUCCACAAAAAUAGGGGACAAGUGAGCCGAUUGCAAGAAACCCAAUCGGUUUCUUGGCAUGGGCAAUAAAAAGCUUGUCUUUUU